AUGACCGCGAUGGGGUCUUCCGAAAUUGAUUCCGACUCUCUGCAGGCGGUCAAGAGCUUGAAGUCCAAGUUCGAGCAGCUGGCGGUGCAGACAUCUCCUCAGAGGCCAGGCAGCAGUGACUUUUUGGUGCCUUCGAGCCCAAGACCGCGAGCGGUGUCUAGUUCAGUCGUGGAUGCACCAGCGGGCCAUCUCCGUACCUCGUCUUCGUCGUCGGAUUUGCGGGCGCCAGUCAAGAAAGCUCCACCACCACCGCCUCCGCCUCGUGGAUCGAAGACACUGAACCCUUCUCCAAUACCAUCCCCAUCUCCGUCACCCCUUAUGCGUCCAGUACCAAUUCCACCAGUCAAGGCGGAGAUAAAGGAGCUUGGUCUGGGGUCGAACGUGUCUAAUUUGAAGAGCAAAUUCGCUCAAAGCCCGACGUCAUCGCCAAGUCGGACGCAUAGUCCUCGACAAAGUCUCGUUGCUUUCCAGCCCGUUCAAGGGGACGCGAAACCAGUCAUUCCACCCCGUCCUAGCACUCUGUUGGGCGUCACCAGUCCAGAAGGUAGCCAGGCGGAUUCCGAAGGUGAAAGCAGCACUGAGACCUCGCCGUCGAACAUCUCACCUCCUGGGAUUACUGCAAGGCGAACAAACGACGAAAUCAGCUCGAUCCAUGUCCUCGGAACUCAUUUCGGCGAUUCAAGUCAAACCUCAUAUGAUAGUGACGCCAGUCUACCUCCAAUGCGACCUACAUUACCCUCCAUUCCACCUCGCCCUCAUGCAUUGUUAGGUGUUCCGACGACCGCAAGUCUAGAAGAUGCAUAUACCUUUUCUCAAGAUGAUGACGCCAAUGCACGUUGGACCAACGGUGAUAAGAAUUCCAUUCGUAGUCUCGGAGCUCACUUUCCGGACUCCAGCCAGACAUCUUAUGACAGCGACGCCAGUAUACCUCCGCUACCACGACACCAUUCACGACCUACUUUACCUCCAGAUUUUAAACCUUCUGUCCCUCCUCGUCCUAAUAAUCUUUUGGGUAUGGCGCAAGCCACAAGCCCUGAAAGCUCUCAAAUAUUUUCGCGAGAAGACGGGAACGUGGAAACCUCACUUCCUCCUCCUAUCCCCGCACGGCGAACCAACGGGGACAGCGGUUCAAUUCGAAGUCUUGGUUCCGUGUCUUUCGAAAGUGACGUCAGUUUAUCGUCCUCACGGUCCAAUUUAAUGCCUCCUCCGCCACCACCUCCUCGAACUCGUCCUUCCGUGUCUCCUGAGCCACCCCUCGCGUCAAUAUCUUCUCUGAGCUCUAGAUUUGCAUCACCUCCACCACCCCUUCCGAUCCGUAGGAACACGAUGGCAACUUCAGACUUUGCCGCGCUAUCUCCUCCACCCCCUCUACCUGUCAGGACGAAUGGAGCGAACGGAACAGAACCGAUCGUCAAUGAGCGAAAGCCGCUUGGUACAAGCAAAUUACCGCCGCCACCGACACGGACAAUAGCACUGGGGGACAAAUUGCCUCCUGCUCGACGCCCGUCAACGCCAUCUUCAGACGAAGAGUCUGGCGAUGAAGAGGAACCGAAAAUGCAGACCGUCGACACGAUGCCCGACAGUAGUGCCGCAUCACGAUGGCCGCCUGUGCUCCGUUUCCGAGAUGGAUACUCAGAGCCAAAGCUACACGUGCAUCCGCACAGUGGUUGUGUCGCCAUGUCGGGAUCGUACCUCGUCGUUGGACACAAUCAUCAUCUGAAGAUAUACGACCUCUCCCUGUCAGAAGUUCCGAUCCACAAUCUUGAUACGAGAGCCUUAGGCAUCAAGGACUCGAAAGUAACUUGCAUGGAGUUUCGUCCCUGCGCGUCGGAGGCAGAUCGUGGGUUCUUGUUGUGGGCUGGGACGAAAGAAGGACAUCUAUUUGAAAUUGACAUCCGGGCAGGCGUUGUUCGCGCCACGAAAUAUGCCGCUCAUCUGCACCCCGUCACCUACCUAUUUCGACAUGCGCGUUCAAUGCUUUCGCUUGACGAGUCGGGAAAGAUUCUCAUUUUCUCUCCAGACGUGGGCAACCUCGAGGACGUCAGUCUACUCACGACAGUGCCGCGUGUCCUUCGGACGACAGACAAACAAGACUUCGUGAAGAUGAUCAAUGGGAAGCUCUGGACUGCCGCGAGGGUGGAACAUCAUGGUACAGCUGCAGCACCAACACAGAGAAUGCCCAUCAUCCGCAUAUAUGACGUCUUCAACCCUGCAAGCACUGGUCGGUCAGUGAUGCCCAAUGAACACGUCGGGCCUGUGACGUCAGCGACGAUUAUUCCCUCACUGCCUGGUAUGGUAUAUGUCGGGCACGAGGAGGGUUAUGUGUCGCUGUGGGAGCUGGAGACGGACGACGGGUAUCCGCGCUGUGUUGAGGUGAUGAAGGUGUCAACGUCUGACGUGCUCAGCCUGGAAGGUGUCAACAACCGUUUGUGGGCUGGGAGCAGGAAUGGGAUGGUCUCCGCAUAUGAUGUUACCCAACGGCCAUGGCUGGUGACGAAUUGCUGGAACGCGCACCCUGGGCUACCGGUUAUGAAGUUGAUUGUUAAUUACUAUGCCAUCGUCAAGGUUGGCAGAUUGUGUGUGGCGAGCAUUGGGCGAGACGAGCAGAUCAGACUCUGGGAUGGGUUGCUGGGUUUGGACUGGAUUGACAAGGAGCUACUCAAACGCGAGACAUCAUUCAGCACAUUUCGCGACCUAUCUAUUCUAGUGGCUUCCUGGAACUGCGACUCUGCUCGACCAGAUUCCCUAACCGGAGAGUCAGAAAACUUCAACCUCUUCAACGAUAUCCUGCUCAGCGUCGACAAGGCACCAGAUGUCAUCGUAUUCGGAUUCCAGGAGGUUAUCGACUUGGAGAGCCGGAAGAUGGCUGCUAAGAAUGUCCUACUCGGUGGCAAGAAGAAGCCAGAUGAUGGCCUCUCCGAGAAAGUUACUGGCGCAUACAAGAGGUGGUAUGAUCGGCUUGUCCUCGCGGUCAAGGCUGCCAUGCCUAGGGACGUCGGGUACUGCGUCGUCCACACCGAGAAUCUCGUUGGGUUGUUCAGCUGUAUCUUCGUGAAGAAUACAGAGAGGGUUACGUUUGACGAUGUGGCAGUAACGACUAUCAAACGAGGGAUGGGUGGGCGGUACGGUAAUAAGGGUGGCAUCGUCGCUCGCUUUAUCGUUGGCGAUUCUUCAAUCUGCUUCAUCAAUUGCCAUCUCGCUGCUGGUCAGAAUGGAGUUCGGCAACGCAAUGCCGACAUUGCAGGGAUGCUUGAGGAGAAAGCCGUAUUCUCUCCUUCCACAAAUACCUUGGCCUAUAUUCGCGGAGGUGAUGGGUCAAUGGUUCUGGAUCAUGAGUUCGUCAUCUUGAAUGGUGACAUGAACUAUCGCAUCGACUAUCGGAGAGAUUUGAUCAUGCAAGCCACCCGUAAUGGAGAUUAUGCCUCUCUCAGUCAACAUGACCAGCUGCUUCGCGAGAUCAAGUUCAAUCGGGGAUGUCGACUGCGCGGGUUCGCAGAAGGCACUCUCAAUUUCGCUCCAACGUACAAAUACGACCGACACUCGAAUGAAUACGAUACCUCGGAGAAACGCCGCCUGCCUGCCUGGUGCGAUCGUGUUCUCUGGCGGUCGAGAGUUCCCAGUCGCGUCAGGCAGAUACAUUAUCGCCGUUAUGAGGCAAACGUGUCUGACCAUCGACCAAUCUCGGCGGCGUUCUCGGUGACGGUAAAGAAGUUCGACAAUGAGGCGAGAGAGAGGGCAAAGGCUGAACUUCAGGUCCAGUGGGUGGACGUUCAACAGCAGCUGUUAAAUGCUGCUAUGAUGUUCUACGUCAAGCAGGCCUUGCUUUAG